AUGUUUCGUUCGUUGACGACACGCCAAGAGUAUGAUGAGCGAGGGUCCAAGGUGGUGCAGGGUGCCCAGAGCAAGAAGACGUUGCAGGCCGAGGCGUCUCUUGAGAGUCAGAAGAUUGUGCACUUGCAUCGCGUACGACAGGGUCGGAUCACGGCGGAGGGAAACGACGUUGACCAUGCGCGCAUCUGCCACGACCAUGUUCGGGCUCUCUGUACGCUCGCUUCCUCGAAAUUCGUCAUGGAGGGCCAGCUCAGGUACGAAUGGUUAAGAGGUCUCGCACAGUUGCCCCAGACGGCGGACCCCGCUUGGGCUGGCAUUGCCUACCGUGCGUGUCGGCGGGCCCUGUCGAUGGAUGCCACGAUGUGGACGCACUGGGAGACGCCAGCAUGUCCCUGGACUACGUGGAAGGCCUCCUGGGCUGAUGGAAGCGUGGGAGCCGUGGGACCGGUGAAGCGGCCAAGCGGCUGGAAAGAGCUACUGCUCAGGCGGCACCAGCCGAAGCCGUUCAGCCGCAGGGCCCGUAACCCACACCCAAGGAUACGCACGGGGCCCCUCAUUGAACAGUGGCGAGGAAAGUGGGAUUCUUCCCGAAGCGAACUGGCCCGUCCAAUACAGCAGGACGGUAUAGAGAUCAAAAGAGCGGCAGAGGAGGCUAGGAAGAGUGUGGGCGUCUGCACCACCAGCCAAGACCAUGCAGACGACAACAGGGAGGAGGGAGAGAGAGUGGCUGGGAGUCGACCGAGGGCGCUGGGCAAGCUCCGACAGUGGAUGCUGGACAUGUUCUGUCUCUGA